GCUGCGCUCCUUUCUACUUCCACGCUUCCCAGUUGAUUUCUUCUGCUUGCAUUCCUCUGGUUUUUCUUUUCUUUGGUUGGGUCUCACUGUCUUGCGCUUGGUUUCUAUAUAAGUGAGGAGUUUUUUCUUGGAGGAGUAGAAGGGCAGCUCUCUACUUCUCCAAGAUCUGAAAAAAUGGAUGGCUGUUGGUGGAAGCUUUCUGGUUUUGGAGCUGGAUUUUGCUUGAAUACGUUGAGGAAGGUAGCCUUUGCAGGCCUUACCUGCACCUUUGCACUGUGUGGAGCCUUGAUAGGGUCGAUUUCAGGCGCGCUCAAAGGCCAGACCACGGAGACGGGGCUGUUCCGCGGCGCGGGCAUUGGCGCGGUCGCUGGCGCGCUGCUCUCCGUCGAGGUGCUGGAGUCUUGCCUCCAAGGAGAGCUGUCAUCCAAGGUGGCUAUAUUUGGUAGCCUACUAAAUGGGAAGAUAUUUCGAGAGUGGGUGAGCCCGGCAAUGCUCAAAGCAUACCAGUGGCAAAUCAAUGCAAUUGAAGCUAGUAAUGGAGAGACCGCAGACCUAUUCGAUAUCAGUAGAAGCAUUGGUUUGUUGCCGGAUAUCAUCAAGAGGCUUCCUGAGUUUGAGAUCAAAAGUGAUGACAGUAUCAAUUCAUGCGGGGAGUUGAUCUCUUGUGCUGUUUGCCUGCAGGAUUUCAAGGAUGGAGAGAGUGCAAGAAGAUUACCUGUUUGUGGGCAUUUCUUUCAUGCGCUCUGCAUAGAUAGGUGGCUAGUGAGACAUGGCUCUUGCCCUAUUUGCAGGCAGGAUGUGUAGGGUCUCAUUUAAUUCUUACAAUUUGAAAAAGGUAUUCCAAGUUUGAUGGCAAACCACCUCUAGCAAUCAAAAUUCAGAUUCAUGAAGGAUCAACCACUGGUCUAGUUAUCCUAACAUCCUGUUGCAGUCAAUGGUGCCAAACUCAUUGUGUAAACUUGAAUUUAUUGAUUUAGACUGAUAAUUUCAGAAAAAA